UUCCCUGGCCGGCCCGGGGGGGGUGUCGCUGCCUGCCGGCCGGUUGCCAUGGUGAUGUGAUGGCCGGAGCCCGGGGCCGGGGGCCAUGGCGUCGGUGUUGGACGGCUGGGAGGACAGAGACGUCAGAUUCGACAUCUCUCUUCAACAGAUGAAGGUGAGACCUGGAGAAGUCUUGAUCGACUGUUUGGAUUCCAUUGAAGAUACGAAAGGAAAUAAUGGAGACAGAGGUCGACUGCUUGUGACAAAUUUGCGAAUUAUUUGGCACUCACUGGCUCUUCCACGUGUUAAUUUAUCUGUUGGCUUUAACUGCAUCUUAAGCAUAACAACCCGAACUGCUAACUCGAAACUUCGAGGUCAAACUGAAGCUCUUUACAUCCUUACUAAAUGCAACAACACACGAUUUGAAUUUAUCUUUACCAGCGUGAUCCCUGGAAGUCCUCGAUUAUUCACCUCUGUCAUUGCUGUGCACAGAGCGUACGAGACAUCCAAAAUCUACAGAGAUCUGAAAUUAAGAGGAGCUCUCAUUCAAAACAAGCAGUUGAGACUUUUGCCUCAGGAACAAGUUUAUGACAAAAUUAAUGGUGUCUGGAAUCUGUCUAGUGAUCAGGGCAAUUUGGGAACCUUUUUCAUCACAAAUGUUCGAAUAGUGUGGCAUGCAAACAUGAAUGACAGUUUCAAUGUCAGCAUUCCCUAUCUACAAAUUCGUUCAAUAAAAAUCCGGGAUUCAAAGUUUGGGCUAGCACUUGUAAUAGAAAGUUCACAACAGAGUGGUGGUUAUGUGCUUGGUUUUAAAAUUGACCCGGUGGAGAAACUUCAAGCGGCCGUAAAGGAGAUAAAUUCAUUGCACAAAGUUUACUCUGCCAGCCCUAUCUUUGGAGUAGAGUACGAAAUGGAAGAAAAGCCUCAACCACUUGAGGAGCUGACAAUCGAGCAAGUUCAAGAUGAUGUUGAAAUUGAACCCGAUGAACAAAACGAUGCUUUCGUGGCUUACUUUGCAGAUGCUAAUAAGGAACAAGACCGUGAGCCUGUCUAUUCAGAAGAACUUGGGCUUGCAGUCGAGAAACUGAAAGAUGGAUUCACUCUUCAGGGAUUGUGGGAAGUGAUGGGUUAAAUUUUUAGACCGCCUUUGUAUUUAUUUUAUGGGUUUCUAUAAGAGACUUAUGUUUUGCGAUGUGUCACUCAGUAAAGCUGCUUCUCAAGAAUAAAGUCUUUGAUUUUCAAAA